AUGCUCAUCACUGCGGCCGCUCCCGCCCUCUCCGCCGCGUCUCCGCCGGCGAAGCACCUGGUCCUCGUGGUGGCAGACGACCUCGGCUACGCGGACCUUGGCUACGCCGGAAGCCAGAUCGCGACUCCGAACAUUGACAAGCUCGCGUCAGCCGGCGUCAAGCUGGCUCACUUUUACGUGCAGCGCGCAUGCAGCCCGACGCGGGGCGCCCUGCUGACCGGCCGCUACAACAUCCGCUAUGGCUUCCAGUCGGGAGUCCUCACGAGUCAAAACAACUGGUCGCUCCCGCUGGAUGAGACGCUGCUGCCGCAGUUUGUCAAGCGAGUCGACGCGCGGAGCAAGUGCCACGCGGUCGGGAAGUGGCACCUCGGGUACCACCGCUGGGAGCACACGCCCACGUUCCGCGGCUUCGACUCGUACCUCGGCUACUACUCUGGCGACGAAGACUACUACACCCAUCAGGGCGACUGCGGAGGGUUUGACUUGCACGAUGAUUCGCGACCAGACUGCGGCGCCGGCUGCUCGCGACACGCUUGGGAGGCGGUCGGCGAGUACUCGACGCACCUCUUCACUCGGCGCGCGGUGUCGAUCAUCCGCGAGCACGACGCGGCCGCGCCGCUCUUCCUCUACCUCCCGUACCAAGCAGUGCAUGACAACGGCGCCGCCACGCCGGCGUGCGGCGGGUGGACCGGGGGGCAGAACUGGCCGCUGCGAGGCGGAAAGUGCACGGCGUGGGAGGGGGGACUGCGGGGCGUCGCUUUCGUCUCCGGCGCCGCCAUCGCUCCGAGCACCCAGCGCGGCGCGACGGCGGCGGGGAUCGUGCACACCGUUGAUGCCGGCUCCGCGCUCGAUGGCGUCUCGCAGUGGCCAAUGCUCUCCCGCGGAGGGGCGGGCGCACGGCAGACUGCGGACCCGCUCGCUAGCCCGUACAGCAACCGGCCGCCGGGCUUCGUCUGCUCCGGCGACCAGCACGCGACUCGCCCCCCCCACACCCACGGCGCGGACGACAACCGGCACCGCAGCAUCGGCAACGGCUUCUGGAUGUGCCCCGCCGACCGCUACCACACCACCCACGGGAAUGAACCCACGCUAUACGCUGGAGGCAUGGUUCUAGGCCCGCCGUGCCCCGCGGACCACAACAACAGCGCGACGGCGGCAGGGCCGUGGACAGUCGACUCCGUGAUGCUCUUCGACCUGGAGAGCGACCCCACGGAGAGUACCAACCUCGCGUCCUCCCAGCCCGGCCUCGUGCGCCGGCUGACCGCCCUCGUGCAGGCGAUCAACGCGAGCGCCGUGGACAGCCGCGGCGUGUGCGCGCCGCACGAGCCGCAGCAGUCCCCGGCCCUGCACAACGGGACGUGCACGCCGUGGCUCGUGUAG